AUGUGUACAGGCAUAUUUCAGGACCUGAUGUUGAACUAUAGGGUAAGUCUCCAGUUCGCUCCUACACUAUGAACGGCGCCUCCGCAAUCCAGUUUCUAGGCCUGAAGUUGAACCGUGGUUACUUUCGAAUGGCUGGACGGGCGAAGUCUGUUCCUCCAACCGCGGUCAACUGCAGUCGACUGCGGUUGCGUGGAUUUCCCGCAGGGGAAAAAGAAAAAGGAGCCUAAUUUGGACGAACGGGGAGUCGAACCCCGGACCUUUCACAAUCACUAGUAAAAUGCGAAGCGAACAUUAUACCAACUAAACCAUCCGCCCUUGAUGUAGGUAAAGGCUAGUAACGCCAAUUCAUCUAAACCAACAAAUCACGUGACGUGCUAGUAUCGACGCGGGCUCCCGCAGCGACUGGCAAUCGCGGCCUGGUACCGGUUCACUGUCGAUCGACAUAAGAACACCCCCUUGGCAGCGGUGGUGGCGGCGGGACGACUCAACGUGCCUCCCCGGAUCGGCACCAGCGCACCGCUCGAGGCGAUCAUCCCCAAGCCCGUGGCCCGCUUCGCAAUGGAGCAGCGCCUUCCGGACCCGGUGCUUCCACAACAAGCGAGCCAGUAUACGCUGCUGAACACGGCUCGACCCUACACAAUCCGUCGCAUCCGCCGGGUCCUUAACGCGAAGGCCUUUAUCAACACGCUCGGGCUCAAGGGACCACCGCAGCCGGACGAUCUCAGGAGCUUCUGGAAGGCGGUCAACUCGAGGGCACUGACGGCGAGGGAGAGGGAAGUUUGGUUCAAGCUGAUUCUCCGCUUCAUCCCGACGCGCAAGCUCCAGCACGAGCAAAAGCACGACACUUCUCCCGCGUGCCUCGUCUGCGAAGCGCCGGUGGACGACACCGAUCACUACUUCUUCGGCUGCGUCGACUCGCGGAACGUCUGGACCGCGGCGAGGGGCGUGCUCUGCGACGAGCUCGGAUGCGACACGAUCGAGGACGCCGAGUACACGACGCUUCAACGACUCUUUGGCCUCCCCAAGCUCAAGGCCAAGCUCAGCGAACAGGAAGGCGCAGGCAGGACGAUCGAGAUCUUCACGGGGAUGGUCUUGGAGAUGAUCAGCAGUGGGAGAUGGAGGAUGCAGAAGCACGGGACGAGGAUGGAAAGCCUGGAGCGGAGGAGGGUGGUACUGGAGGAGAGGAUGAAGUUGAGGGCGGGGGGAGCAAGGGGCGGGCGAGGGCAGUAG